CAUUACCAAUCUUUUGAGGGAAAAAUAGAGAUAACAUCCUUCCAUAGCACCAAAAUAUAAAAUGUAAGAUUACCAUUUCAGUUAAUAUAAAAGGCUAUGGUACAGGAAAAGAAUGAAUGCAGAAGAUACAUUUACAGUAUGUCAGACUGUCUCCAAUAAAUGAAAAACAUGAAAUGGCCAAUGAAUCUACUCUGAUAGAAUUCCUUCUGAUGGGAUUUUCUGACAACCAUGAUAUCCAAAUUAUGUAUUUUGUGAUAUUUCUCUUCAUGUACGUAAUAGCCAUAAUGGGGAAUGUCCUUCUAGUUAUUACUGUGGUCCUGAACUGCUCCCUUCAUACCCCAAUGUAUUUCUUUUUAGUUAACUUGUCAUUUUCAGAUAUUUGCUUCAUCUCAACCACCAUUCCAAAAUCUAUGCUCACUUCCCUAACAGAUAACAGAGUGAUCACCUUUGCUGGAUGUGCCGCCCAAGUCUUCUUGAUUUUCACCUUUGCAGGUUCUGAAAUUGCUUUGCUCACCAUCAUGGCUUAUGAUCGUUAUGUGGCUAUUUGCCAUCCUCUGCAGUAUAGCCUUAUCCUGAAUUGCGAUGCUUGUAUGCAAAUGGCAGCUUCUUCCUGGAUUAUCUGUAUGAUCCAUGCUUUGCUAGAAACUGUAAUUGUAUUUCAGUGGGAAUACUGCAGGUCACGUAAGAUUGAACAAUUGUUCUGUGAUAUCCCUCAAUUACAGAAGAUUUCUUGCACUGAUACAAGAACUAGUCAAAUACUGAUUUUUGUGACAGCAAUCAUUGUUAGCUUAGUGUGUUGUGGUAUUAUUUUUGUUUCUUAUGGCUACAUCUUUUCAGGUGUGCUAAAGAUUCAGUCAAUACAAGGCAGACACAAAGCCUUCUCUACCUGCACUCCCCAUCUGGUUGUCUUCUUUCUGUUUCUCAGUACUGCUUUAUUUUCUUACAUGACACCGAAAAGCCAUUCAUCUCAUACAGUAGAAUUGUUUUCUGCUGUUUUUUACACAGUUUUGCCACCACUAUUGAAUCCUAUCAUUUAUAGCUUCAGGAAUAAGAACAUGAAAGAAGCCAUGUUAAAAACAGCAGUGAAAGUAUUUUCACUUUUUUAAAAAAGAAAAAUUAAUGUACUUAUUUAAAAUAUAUCUUGCGGUCACAACUACCUAUGCAACUGUCUUGUGAAAGGUUUCCAAUGAUUUCCAUUCCUCAAUUGCAAGUUCUUACUUUCUCAUUAAUAUUUCAAAAUGUCCUUUGAACUUUUUAUGCAGAGAAAUUCAUGGAGUGUAUAUGUUUGCAGGAGUGUUUUUUUUUUUUUUAGAAAGUUUGCUUCUGAUCACAUAAUUGAUAUUCACAUUCUCAAUUGUUAUGGAUGUUUGUAUGUAACUUACUGUUUUCACUUCUCUGUAUUCUCUAAUAAGUGGAUAGGCAAAUAUAUUUGAUCAUGAAUGACAAACUGAAUAAACUUUCUGGUUGUUUGUUGACUCAAAAAA